AUGAUCAAACACGUGACACACUUACUUUUCUUAAGGAAAGUUGAGUUUUUUCUUCUCUUCAGCUUUUUUUUUUCAUCCUCUAACAAACAUCAAGAAGAAGUCGAAGAAGUGAAAAAUCUCCUUCGACCGGCUUCAAACAGCUUCAAGAUGCGUCCAAAGGUUUCAAUUGCUCACCUGGCUCGCCAUGGAGGCCUCUCGCUGGCCGAGCUGCCUCCCCCCUUCCUUGCUCCUGCCCUCUACUCCCCCAUAAUAUCGGUAUCGCGGUCGUCCAAAUUUUCAACCUCUGCCUCCUUUCAAGAUCGGAACAAGAAUCGUGGCGUCUCUGCCAUUCAUAGAAGCGGGCUUAAGCAUCGAUUGUCUGUGUCAAAGUUCAAAUUACCAGUCCCAGAGAACCCAGAAAGACAUGAACCGCGUGUCCUCAACCCGGAACAUGGUCUCUGGGAGUUCUUUCUUCCAAACAAACAGGCAUUUCCCACCCCAGAGCAGGAACAUGCGCAUGGUAUGGGCCCUCCUAGACGAUUCCAAUUCAUCAACCCUCAGCUUGUACUGACCAAUGCCACAUUGUAG